AUGCCUGGCAUACUACCGAUGAAAGUUAUUAAGUGUGCCAAUGUUGGCUUCGAGUGUCGGACUAGCGACAAGCUGAGCCGCCGUGCUUUCCCUCGCGGCUACACCGAAUCGUUAGAAGAGCGAGUCCGACAGCUCGAGGCUGAAGUGAGGGAAUUGAAGGAUUUGUUGGAUGAGAAGGACGAGAAGAUCGACAUGCUCUCGAGGUUAUACGGAAGGCGGCCAGCGGCGUCUAGCCACGCUCACAGCCCCGUCUCUGAACGCCACGGCAGCCCAGCUCCUCAGGCGAAAGAGGACACUUUCCGUAUUCAAGCAUCGCCGCUACUCCUCGGCGUUGAAAACUCAGACUCUUAUUUCAUGGGCGGCUCCAGUGGCCGUUCAUUCAUUGAAUCUGUAAAACGAAAGGUUCAAGAGAGUGGAAAGUCAUGUCCAGAGUUCAAUCCCGAGGCGUUCUUGCACAUCCAGGGCUGUUAUCCCCUGUCUUCUAGCCCGGCCGAUCAGUCUCUGAGGAUACCUCCGAGAUUGUUCACGGAUCGUUGUGUGAACGUCUACUUCCAGGAAUGGGCACCUCUGUUCCCAGUUUUGCAUAAACCGACAUUCCUUCGAAUCUACGAAGAAUUUGUUGCGGAUCCCGAGAAGAUCAAGAACAACCACAAGCUUGCUCAGAUCUACCUCGUUUUCAGCAUCGCCUCCCUAGCGGGUGAAUUCCCCGACACUGCUCAGAUUGCUGCCUGUGAAGCCGAAUGGCAGAAGGCUCUUGACUCCAUCCUCAUGGACAACACGAUGAUCACCCUCCAGUGCCUUAUUCUAGCCCUUAUGUAUUGCACAGUAAGGGCGGAUUACAAGAGGCUCCAGCUUUACAAGGGUAUCGCCGUUGGCCUUUCCCACCGCCUUGGGCUUCACCAGAGCCAGAAGCGCUUCUCUUUCGGUGCCUUGACCAUAGAGACUCGAAAGAAGGUCUUCUGGACUUUGUACACUGUUGACUGUUUCUCGGCUGCCAUCCUCGGCCUUCCCAAGCUGCUGAAGGAGGAUGACAUCCAUGCUGAGUAUCCUGUGGAUACGGAUGAUGAAUACGUUACCGAAAAGGGCUUCCAGCCGACCCUCCCUGGCGAGUCCACUCGUCUCAGCAGCGCACUGGCUCUCUUCCGCGGCACCCGCAUCCUUGCCAAGGUUCUCGAAAAGGUCUAUCCUGCAUCUGCCACUCACGAGAUUUCCAUUCAGCAGCUCUCGGCUCUGGACGCGGAAUUGACCCAGUGGUAUGAUGACUUGCCUCCUCACCUCAGACUCAACUUUGCGCAAGAUAAGCCCUCGACAGAUGUCACGGGCAGCCGAUCGCCUCUCCUGGCCCUCGCGUACUAUUACAUGCGCACCCUGGUGUACCGCCCGGCGGUCGGAACCAGUCUUGGUCAGAAGGCCGCACCUGCGCUGAUGACGAUUAGUGACUGCAGCAAGCGCAUUAUUCAGAUUGUUGAGCUUCUGGAAGAGCGAAAUAUGACGUGUUCGUUCUGCCUCAACAAGACUGAUAUCCUUGUCAUCUGCGGCAUGACACUUCUCUAUCAGACGCUCGAGCUCAAGCAAGAUAGCAAGUUGUCCAAGGAUGGCCAAAGGCUCGUCAAUACCGUCAUCAAGAUGCUCAUCAAGGCGCAGGCGCCGGGCUGCCUCGACUUCAAGCGCAUCUCGAGCAUGGUCAUUCCGGUCGACGAGUCUGCGCCGCCAACGCCGCCGCAGUCGAGCCCCUCGGCCUCUGCAGGACACAACCAAUGCCGAUCUCCCUCGAUUAACGGAAAUAGGAGAUCGGCUACACCGCAGGAACAGAACGCCCACGCUGCCCACGCUAGGCAAAGCAUCGGGAGGCUCCUGGGAGCCUCGGCGAGCGAGACCGACUUGCUCCAGCAACAAGCCAAGUUGAGGAGAAUGACCAUGCCUACCGCAGCGGGGCCGCGACCUGAAAUGCUUAGGCCUCAAAGUCGCCGAUCGGUCGAUAACCCUCAGUCGUCGCCUGCUUUCCACGGCGAAAGUCGCCAUGCCAUGUCUCAGAGUCCCCAGGCCUCGCCAUCGCAGCAGAGCCUCGACUAUCUCUCCUUGAGCUCUAGCACUCCUACACAAGGUCAGGCCCCAGCAUCGAUCCAGAUGCACGCCCGGCGACAUAACUUGCCGCCUCAUCUCCAGCAGCGAUUGUCGCAGAUGUAUCCGGGUGGUCAAGUGGAUGCCAAGACGGUGGGCUUCUCGGCGUCUCAGUGGGAGGCUCUUCUAGGCUCCCUAGAAGGCGGACAGAGCAACGUUUACGACGCCAUCUACGGAGGGCCUGCUGUCGCCGCUUUGGACGGCGCCGCCCCACCAGUGGGACAGACUGCUAACACUACUACCACGGUUGGUGCGGGCUGGCUUGAGGAUCCCUGGGAGCUCAACACUUUCAACAUUGGCGAGUUUGACGGCUCCGUAGCGACACAAAGCGUCCUCAGCAUGUCUGACGAAAGCCUUAGCCCUGGUGAGGAAAUGACUCCGACGGACCUCGGGCUCAGCGUGGGGAGCCUCGAUCUGCAAGGGUCGAUGAUUCCCAACCAAUGCGGUAACGGCGAGAGAUUUAUGAACGGCAUGGGAAAUCACGAAUUUAUCCUAUAA